GUCUUCUCUCUGGCUGAAAAUUAUGCGAAAUUAUUGGUAUAUCGCAAUUUAGUGUUGAUUGGUGUUCUUCCCUUUCCUCUUACCUCUCUUUGUACAUUGUAGUGUAGUACGACGGACAGUCAUAUGGUCGACGAGAAAAAAAAAUACAUGUUCAAAUUUAAGAAGUAAUAAUCAAUGACGACAAACUGAUUCGUAUGUGAGCGGUGAUGCUUCCAAAUGAGGUUCUGUCAUUGAUGAGAUAUUCGUCUGACGUGAAAGACGUCGUGAGUGCAGUUUCGGCCAUCCUUACACGCUCAAGAGAAGAUGUACUGCCUACAGUGGCUUAUUCCGGUGCUGCUGAUACCGAAACCUGUCAAUCCGGCGUUGCUGCAAACCCAUGUCAUGUUUAUGGCGCUCUACCUGAUCGGAUUCUUCCUGGAGCGUAAGCCUUGCACUAUUUGCAGCCUCGUAUUCCUCGCUGCUGUCUUCCUCAUUUGUUACAGCGGUAUAGGCAAUUGCCUGUUAUGGAGCACAAAUUGCGACACAGUAAGAUGCGACAAUGGCUAAGAUCGCAUUUUAUUUAUUAUAGAGAAUUAUUGCCCUAUUCCCUUUUAUCAAUUCCUUCUUUCUAAUUUCUUCCUCUGUAGCAGAAUAUCGCAAAGCAAUUCUUUAAUCCAUUAGUGCGUGUUUUAUCCGCAGUGUGAUGAUAGGUAAAUAACUUUUAAGUUUUCUAGCUUUACGAGAGAUUAUCAAAAUUUCUGUCUAUAUAUAAUAAUAUAAUGU